AUGCUUGUGGCGUCUCUGGUUACAUCGGGAAGAUCUAUUGAUCAAUAUAGCCCAGACGCAGUAGAAUCUAUUAAAAUCACGGAAUUCGAGAAACAAAAGCUAAUCCGUUUAAUGGCGGGAGAUUUUCUGAUUAAAAAAAUUCCGAUGAAGUACAAAAAACCUUUUAUUGAAAGAGAAUUUUUGAUUCAAAAGAAAGUUGCACAUAAAAACGUUGUUCGUGUUUACCAUACGCAUGAAAAUAUGAUAUUUAUGGAAUAUGUAAAAGGGUUCAAUUUACUUUAUAGGCCUCAAUUUUGGACAAAAAAUAAAAGGAUAUUUGCGUAUAUUUUCAAAGAAAUUGCGGAAGGUAUCAAAUUUAUGCAUGACAAAGGCGUUGUGCAUGGGGACUUGAAGCCUUGUAAUAUUUUGGUAUCAGAAGAAGGGGAUAUUAAAAUCUGUGACUUUGGCUCUUCUGUGGAGAUCAACAGGGUUAAUGCAAAAGGAGCUACAAGAACUGAAGGAACUGAUUCGGACAAAAUGCCAUAUUCAAAGGAAGAGUAUGAUCUUUCUUUUACGCGACAAUUUGUUGCUCCAGAAUUUAUCAAGCCAGACUCUGUGAGUCCAGAAGAAUUUAUGUUGACACUUAUCCAAAAAAAAAAGACUAACCCAAAAUGGAAGGCGCUAAAAAGUGGACAGUUAAAAUUUCGCCUCAAAGAUGAUCAGUUUCCCACCAAAGAAUCUGAUGUCUUCUCCUUU